AUGGACCAAGCCAUAACCUUACAAGAUCAGGCUAUGACAGCCGAGGCAGAGCAACAAGGUGUUCCCAGGAUGAACCCACCUGCCAACACCAUGGAUAGUAGGUUAAGGGACUUCACGAGGAUGAAUCCUUACCUUUACACUGGAUCUAAGAUUGUUGAGGAUCUCGAGGAGGAGUUUAGGGAAUCUAUGUUGCAUGACAACAUGGACCUCUCCAGGCUUAUGGUCUAUGUACAGCAAGUGGAGGAAAGCAGGAAGAAUAAACACACUAGGGUAGGGAAUAUGUCAAGGCAAGCCGAGGAGAAUUUUUCAAGAAAGAGUAGUACCGAGAUCAGGGAUAAGCCCAGGGCACACAAAGAAGUUCUGCAGGAAGUUGAAGAGGGAAAGCAAAAACAAAAGGAGACUAAAGAAGAUGGCAAUGAAAAUUGCUUAGCCACAGUUACCACCAAAGAUCUUGUUACUGUCCUUGAUGCGGAUAUGAGAAAUAUUGCUUGUGAUGAGUCAAGGUGGGUUAUGGGCACUAGUGCCGCAUCUCAUACAAAAACAUUGGGUGGUGCACUCUACUUUGUCAAUUUCAUUGAUGAUUUCCUGAUAAAACAUUGGGUCUAUGUCUCGAAGACUACAGACCAAGUGUUAGGUGUCUUCAAGCAGUUUCAGGCUUCAGCUCAAAGAGAAACUGGAAAGAAACUGAAAUGUAUUCAUACUAACAAUGGUGGUGAAUAUUGUGGACCAUUUGAUGAAUAUUGCAAGUAUCAAGGUAUUAGACACCAGAAGACUCCUCCCAAAGCUCCUCAGCUUAAUGGUUUGGCUGAGAGGAUGAACAAGAUCUUUUGGCAAAGUUGCGGAAUUCAUUUUGGGGUGAGGCUUUAUUGA